GAAAGACCAAUGGCCAAUCUGUUUUAAACGUAUGACGGCGCUAUUUAGGGAAGCGUGUUGAAAAUUUUUUUGUGUUUUCUUUUUUCUCCUUCUUGUGGUUAGCUAACUAAAUUGUGAUGAAUGAGAAAUUUAAACGCUAUUAGUAUUCACCAAGUACAAUUUUCGCUCAGCAGUUUAAAUUGUGUAAGUAGCAAAUUGGAAGUGGGACACAUAACCUUGUUGAAAAAAACACAAAUUAAGCCGGGUUUGCUUGAAGCAUGUAAAAUAAUCCAGCAGAACUGAAGAAUAGUCGUGAGGACAGAGUUUUACGUGCAGGUUCGCGACGGGCGGGUGGAUAUAGUUUUCUCGUGUUUGAAGUUGACGGUGACGGCUGAAAGCUGGAGUCGUUUGGGAUCAACUUCACGGACAACAGCAGGAUGGCGGACAGCGCCAGCGAGAGCGACUCCAGCUCCAUCGACGGAGGUCCGAUCAUGAUGCCUCCGUCGCCGGUCACGCGCGAACAGCUCCAGAAGCGGAUCGAGUCGUUGCAGCAGCAGAACAGGGUGCUGAAAGUGGAGCUGGAGACGUACAAGUUGCGAGUGAAGGCCUUGCAGGAGGAGAACAAGAACCUCCGCAAGGCGUCGGUGAUCAUCCAGGCGAAGGCCGAGCAGGAGGAGGAGUACAUCAGCAACACGCUGCUGAAGAAGAUCCAGUCCUUGAAGAAGGAGAAAGAAACGCUGGUCCACCACUACGAGCAGGAAGAGGAGUGCCUGACGAACGACCUGACGCGGAAGCUGAACCAGCUCCGGCAGGAGAAGUGCUGCCUGGAGCAGACCUUGGAGCAGGAGCAGGAGUGCCUGGUGAACAAGCUGAUGCGCAAGAUCGAGAAGCUGGAGGCGGAGACCUCGGCCAAGCAGGCCAACCUGGAGCAGCUGCGCCGGGAGAAGGUGGAGCUGGAGAACACGCUGGAGCAGGAGCAGGAGGCGCUGGUGAACCGGCUCUGGAAGGACAUGGAGAAGCUGGAGGAGGAGAAGCGCGUGCUGCAGAUCAAGCUGGACGAGCCGGUGUCGGGGCCCGCCUCGCCCAAGGACCUGAGCAGCGAGGGCGACACGGCCUCGCACCUCAGCUCCAACGUGCAGAGCCUGCGCAAGUCGGUGGAGGGGCUGCGCCGGCAGCUGGCCACGGCCCAGAAGGAGUGCUCGGAGAGGAUGAUGCACUACGCCAAGGAGGAGAAGGUGAUCCGCGAGGAGAACCUGCGACUGCAGCGCAAGCUUCAGCUGGAGGUGGAGCGCCGCAAGGCCCUGUGCCGCCACCUGUCCGAGUCGGAGAGCAGCCUCGAGAUGGAGGACGAACGGGCGUACAACGAGCUGGCCACGCUGGGCGGCGGCAAGCUGUCCCGCACGGUGUCAAGCCCAGUCCCCUACCCGUCGCCCAGCUCCUCCCGGCCGCUGAGCCCUGGCGCGAGCAUGAUGGCCACGUCCGGGAGGGUGUGCCCCACGUGCGGCCAGGCGGGCCUCGCCCCGGCCCCGCUGGGCACCUGCUCGCCCCCGGCGCCCCCCCUGCCGCCCGUGUUCAGCCUGCGGCGCGCCUCGGACCGCUUCGUCAAGCCGCUGAACCCGCUCGCCCUGGGCCUGGCCCCCGCGGCGCCCGCCCCCGCCUGCGAGAUGCCCGUGGACCACCCCUCGGCCCCGUAACUCCGCCCGGCCGUCGUCUCGUCAGCUGUUGUGAUUCCGUUGUUCCUGCUCGCCUCGGGGUGGCCGGGCGAGCACGGACCGUUCGUGUUUAACAUUUGUUUUGCCGUGCCUAUUCCAUAUCUCAUGUUAAAAUUUCUAUUAACAAUGCUUCGUAAAAAAUUGUAAUUAUUUGUUGGAACAUUUGCUAGAAGUGAAUAUAUAUGUAGUUUUGUUGGACGUUUGAAGUGUUUUUGGGCAGAAUCAAGACUGACUUAGGAAGUAGUGAAUAUUCUUAAUGGUAACCGAGACUUUCGAAUCUGCUCGUCAAUUGCUUCUGAUAUUUUUUUGCUGGCGGGGGCGCUGCCUGCCGGUCGCCACAACCGCCGUGUCUGACCGCACGGCUAUUGUUGGGGCCGCGAGCCUGGCCUCGCCCGGACCGAGCGUGUGCAGUCGCGGCCGAUGGAGCAACUUCAGGACCAGAGCGCCGGCUGCUUUGCGGAGACGUCUCGGCGUGGGUCUUGCACAAACUUUUUUUUUUUAAGUCCGUGUUUCUAAUGUUGCGGCGGAUGCGUGUGUACAUGUAGGCUGUUUGCUGUCUUUCUCUGUGUCAGCUGUUGAGAACUAAACUUUAUAUGUUUUUUUUUUAAUGUGCAUCUUGCCAACAAGUCAGACAACCACAAAUGGUUUUUAUGGAGUUACGUUGAUUUCUUUUUUAAAGUUCUCGAGAAUUCUCAAUGUUUUGUCACGACUAUGUUGUUAUCACUUUUGACAAGUGUGAUGUUUUUUUUUAAAGUAACAAGUGGUUUUUUUUUUUUGGUUGAUGGAUUAAUAUUUUUGUGAACUUAGCUACAGGUAGCCAGCUUUAUUGGAGAGUUAAGUAUUUCAAGCUGAACACCGUAAAGUGUGUACAAGUAACAUCUUACUUGAGUUUGUUUGUGUGUUCAGGGAAUGAAGCAUGGGAAUUAGCUUUGGAAAGUUGGCGGUGCUGUGGAAUGCAAAAUUAAUGUAGUUGUAAUUCUGUGUUACCAGGCUUGAAAACAUUUUUAUAUGCUAGCUGACUGUGGAAGAAUGCCGUUGUUUUGCUUGUAAGCGAUGAAUAGGUACUUGUUGCACUGAUUGGAAAGAUUAUUACCGGACGUAUGAUUCGCAGUGAGAGGUUUAACUAUUUUUAUUUUGUUCUUUUGGCACUAAAUAUGGACAUGAUGGUGAUUGGUAGAUGGCUUUGCGAAGGUGUUUUUAAUGAUGAUCAAGAUUGUCAGAUGGAGUGGCAAUACUUAUUGGUGUAAACAUCUCAUAUUUCACUGUCGCAGAGAUGAGAAUGAAAGUGCAGCUUGCUUCUGUGAUGAUCCAGUAAAACUAUUUACAGCUUGCAACAAAAAAAAGUUGGAUUGUUUAUUUAAUUUUAAAAAAUUGGAGUUAUGUGGACAGCCACUGUUGAAAUUAAUUAUUGCCGGCUAGAUGUAAAUACUGCGUUAACUUUCUUGAAACAUAAUAAAAACAUGAUUAGUAAUUACAUUUCUGUGGAAGUUAGCAUUUAUUGCCAGUAAAUGCGAGUAAAAUAUACAUAUUUGUAACAGCUGUUAGAACAUUUAUAUUUUUAAUGUAAAGUAGAUUAAUAAUUGUUUAUGACAAUUUCACAUAACCCAAGUAACCGUGUAUAGAUCGUAUUCAACUGUCCAAGGAACCGGACACAACUGCUGAUAUGGUAUUGUCAUGUGGUUCACUUCGAACUGCCCACAAAGACUUGUCCCACAGAUGAAGGCUACUCUAGCGAUGAGGUGUACAAUCAGGUUCCACCGGAUGCUGAAGUCACUAGCGAAUUUUAGUAAAGGUCAUGAAAGUCCCUCAAAAGUAAAGAAUUUUCAAAAGUUUUCAUUUAAGAGUCUAGAAUUUCUUCGAUGCAAAUUCAACUUUGGAGUUAAUUGGCUUUAGAGAUUUCUUGGUUUGAACUCCCAAAUGUGGUGUUUCCGUAAAGGUGCAAUAUUUUUGCAUCUGCUGAUGUUUGAAAACGAAAGCUUGUAGAUAAAGUCAUCGACAUUGCACUGUAGUUAAUAUAAAAUCAAUGACACAUGUUGGUUAUGCUUGCCUCUGUUUGUUUAUUUCAUUAAAGGAAUUAAGGCACUAAAGAGAAAGUUACUAAUUUUUAUCUCUGCGAACUGGUAGACACGCUUUAUUAGAGUCCGUGGCGUGUCGGUCGCUAGGCGCCGGAAGCACGGCCAUUGUCGUGCGUGCGCGGUAGAGUGAGCACAGAAGUGGUGUGUCUGAACGUAAACAGGGUUCGAAGCGAGAUUCAUCAUCGUACGCGCGCACUACACUUCAUGUGCGUACAUUCAGUUUGGAAGUAUUGCAGAAGUAUACUAUAUUGUGUACGUUAUGUACUACCAAUGCGAUCUUCCUCGAACACAAGGAUUUUUGUCGAACUCUGCUUGCGUCUUGGCUCCGACAGACUUGGACGAGGUUAACGUAGACUGCAGCACAUUCAGAGUGCCGUGCCGUAUGUUCGAUACGAAUCACAUUUUUAAUAUCGACAUAUGAAGUUUGCCAAUUUUGGAUUUUGCUUUUGCCGGUGUGGUUCAUUUGGCUACAUUGUAAUUAAAAUUUUGUGUAUCCAGUAAUCAGCACAUUGGUGACGAGACACAGUGGAAUGUUUGUGCGAUGUGUGAUGAUGGCCUCUGACAGGGAGAAGAUGCAUGUAUGUCUAGACAACCGGAAAUUCUGCAAACUUGCUUGGCCUCCGGCUAAAAUUCAAAGCCUUGUGCGUGUUCUACCAACGUUUGCUUUUUCAUUGGCUGUUUUCUCAGUGGGAACCUUCUUGUACUUGUUAGCUGAUUGGUUUACUUGUCUGUUAACAGGGCGUAGUUGGCUUACGGUCGUUAAGGUAUGUGUUGAGCGAGAGCUUGAAGGUUUGCAGUCUAGCUUGCAUCCAAAUUAAUCUCUGAAAUUUCAGUGUCCCUGAUAAUGUGUUCCCUUCAUUCGUGUUGCAUGCAACUACAUCUGGCCGCCCGUAAUGGAGGAAAUGUGUUUCUGGAGUCACGAUAGUGGGACAGGCAAUAUGGACGCCAAAUAUCGUGUGAUACUGAACAUGCAGUUUACCUGAGAGACAAACAAAAAAUAAACUUGUUUUCAUACAAAAUGUUCUGACCUUUUCUUGGGCACCUAUAUAGUGCAUGUACGACAGCCGGCAAUUUUCACAAGUUCGCUUUAGUUGACGUUGACAGAAAAACAUUGAAUUCAAAUUUAACAAAUCUUAAAACACUCACAAAUUUUGUAGCAUUGAUGUCACAGGUGAUUGGGUGGAAAGCUGGAAAGUUAUUUUAUUUACUUUGUGCUCAUCAUGCGAUUGAGAUUCCAGCAUUAUGUCCUUCCACGUGAAUACUGUGUGCUCAUGUUGUUCUCCUUACUGUAUUAGUCUUGUUUAAUGUUGGUAAUGACUCCUAGAAAAUCAUAGUCAGCUAAAGAUAAUUGAAGUAGAAAUCUAUGAAUUUUGAUUGCAGGCACUUUUUUUUUUAUUCUCAUUGCCAACUUCGUACUGCUAGUAACAGCUGAUUACAUGAAUAUGAUAUAUCAUAUUUUCAAAUAAGAUUUUUUGUGAUGCUAAACUUUCGUAGAAUGCACUUCACCGAUUCGUGUGAGUUAAAAUUGUACUAGCUGAGGUAGAAGUAUAGACAGUGUGUGUUACAUUGGAGCUCUCCUACAUGACUUUUUUUUUUCCCUGUUACUUUAUUACUUUUGACAUUUCAUGCCGAUCGGUGAUGCUUCGUGUGGAAGAGAGCCGCACUCUGGGCUGUCUGGUUGAAGACGUAGAAGUUCAUCGACGAAUGCAAGCGGCAUCCAACGAGACAGCCGUGACCCGUGACUCGACAGCACCGCAGAAUUCCGAGCCAGAAGACAGUCCGAGGGGUGGGGUCGUGGAGACAAGUGGUUCGAACGAGGCGUCCUCACGCAUGUUUCGGUUGUAUUCCACGGUUCGGCACCUAGAUUGUCAGGAUCGCAAAGUAGUUGUGACUUUUUAAAUUACACUCUUUGGAAAUACUGCAAAUCGCAAGCGUAGCACAAGCCUCAGCACAGAUUUUUUUUUUUUGCUUUCGCGUAGCAGCUUUAAGAUCUAAUGUUUGUGUGUGUUUCAGAAAUGUUACUAGUAUAUCCUCACACACCCACUACUUGGGUCCUCUGCAUAGCUACCUGCUCUAUUGCUUCUGGUGCAACGUACCGUUCAGAGCUAGGUCGCGCUUGUAGAAGUGAUUAUUUUUGGUGUGAAUGGAUAGUAUAAAGCUUUCAAAAUUGUCUUUCAAACAAAAAAAAAUGCAGUGUUCUACCAAUUUCUUGUAACACUUGUUCUUUCAUGUCAAUGGUCUGUAUUGCAACGUAACACAAGUUCAUGUCUUGUUAAGUUAUUUACUGUAGUCUUGUAGCUAUAUGCAUGUUCAAGUAAGGUAACAAUUUUUGAAGUGAUAGGUUUUUUUAUUUUAUUUUAACAAGUGUUAUGUUUGUAACACACUACUGCUUCAAAGGUUUUAAUGUAACAAAAUAAACCUAACAGUACAUACUCAGUUUAGUUUUAUUUUGUCCUUCAAGAGAAUCAAGAUUUCAUUAGUACAUGUGCAUUUAGUUUGCAGUUGAGUUGGAGUUCUCGUGUCGUGAAUGAACUUUUUCUGAUCAUUGUAGUGAGCACUGGCAACUAACUUGGUUUGGAAAAUUCUGAUAAAAAUUUUUGUUCAAAGUGC